GUCAUGUCUGGUCGUGGAAAAGGCGGCAAAGGGCUUGGGAAGGGGGGUGCUAAAAGGCACCGGAAGGUCCUUCGGGAUAACAUUCAGGGCAUUACUAAGCCUGCUAUCCGGCGCUUGGCUCGUCGUGGAGGCGUGAAGCGUAUUUCCGGCUUGAUCUACGAAGAGACUCGGGGGGUGCUGAAAGUGUUCCUGGAGAAUGUGAUCCGGGAUGCUGUCACCUACACCGAGCACGCCAAGAGGAAGACCGUGACCGCCAUGGAUGUUGUCUAUGCUCUGAAACGCCAAGGCCGCACUCUGUAUGGGUUCGGUGGUUAA